AUGCAACGCUUGAUGCAAUCUGGCGGUAUGCCCGGCGCCAUGCCCGGCGCUGGUGACGCCGCGCAGGUCGACACCGCGGAACAAGUGUACAUAUCUAGCUUAGCGCUGCUCAAAAUGCUCAAACACGGUCGCGCGGGAGUGCCGAUGGAAGUCAUGGGCCUGAUGCUCGGACAGUUCGUCGAUGAGUACACGGUGACGGUGGUGGACGUCUUCGCGAUGCCGCAGAGCGGCACGGGGGUCAGCGUGGAGGCGGUCGAUCCGGUGUUUCAAACGAAAAUGUUAGACAUGUUGAAGCAGACCGGGCGAGAGGAGAUGGUGGUGGGUUGGUACCACUCGCACCCUGGGUUCGGGUGCUGGCUGUCGGGGGUGGACAUCAACACGCAGCAGUCGUUCGAGCAGUUGAACCCGAGGCUCGUCGCCGUGGUCAUCGACCCGGUGCAGAGCGUGCGAGGGAAGGUGGUGAUCGAUGCGUUUCGAUUGAUUAAUCCGCAGACGAUCAUGCUCGGUCAGGAGCCGAGACAAACGACGUCGAAUCUGGGGCACUUGAACAAACCUUCGAUCAGCGCGUUGAUCCACGGGUUGAAUAGGCACUACUACAGCAUCGGCAUUUCGUACGCCAAAUCGGUGCUGGAAGAAAAGAUGUUGUUGAAUUUGAACAAGUCGAAGUGGAGCGCGGGUUUGAAGGUGAACAAGUUCGACGAGCAAGAGAAGCAAAACGAAAACGUCGUGCUCGAGCUCAAGGAGUUGGCGACCAAGUACGAAAAGGCCGUCGUGGAGGAGGACAAGCUGACGGCGCAAGAGCUCGUGGUGAAAAACGUCGGCCGGCAGGAUCCGAAGAAACAUCUCAGCGAGAACGUGCAAAAGCUCAUGGCGGAUAACAUCGUGCAGACGCUCGGGGUGAUGCUGGACACGAUUUGUUUUUAA